UCUGGGAGCCGCUGUUCACCAAUCAGGAACAGAAAUGCUGGGAGAGAGCAAGUCUAAUUCUCCCAGGUCCUAGUGCACAAAGCUCAGGAAGACCAAACCCACACACACGCUCCAGGAUACGGAGAAACGGAGCCCCCUAACCCUGCAGGCUCCAGACUUGGGCUCUGGACAACAACAACUAGGAAAACAGAGGAGCCACGAGCUACCUACAGACAGCAAGGAGUGUAUUCCGAAGAGAAGCAAUGGUCACUGGGCAAAAACACAGCGACGGCAGAAGGCGAAUCCUGCUUUGUUCUCUCCUGGGACUGCUGUGGGACACCGUGGCCACCCAAAUCCGCUACUCGAUUCCCGAGGAGAUGGAGAAGGGCUCUUUCGUGGGCAACAUCGCCCAGGACCUGGGACUGGAACUGAAGGAAUUGCCUGAGCGCGGAGCCCGCAUUGUCUCCAAAGGUAAGAAGCUGUAUUUCGCUCUCAGUGUCAGAAGCGGUAGCUUAGUCACUGCGGACAGAAUAGACAGGGAAGAGCUCUGUGCACAGAGCGCCCAGUGCCUACUAAAUUUUAAUGUUCUGGUUGAAGAUAAAUUGAAAAUUUAUUCAGUGGAAGUGGAAAUAACCGACAUUAAUGAUAACGCCCCUCGCUUUCGGGAAGAAGAGCUAGAACUAAAAAUCAGUGAAACCACAGCUCCAGGAACCCAGUUUAUUCUAGAAAGUGCUUAUGAUCCAGAUGUGGGAGUGAAUUCCCUCCAGGGUUAUAAGCUGAGCCCCAAUGAUCACUUCUCUCUGCUUGUGCAAAGUGGAGGUGAUGGGAUCAAGUACCCAGAACUGGUACUGGAGAGGUCCCUGGACCGGGAGGAAGAGCCUACUCUCCACAUAGUUCUCUCAGCCAGAGAUGGAGGAUAUCCUGUCCUUUCUGGCACUGUUCGAAUCCGAGUGACUGUCCUGGAUGUAAAUGACAACGCUCCCAUAUUUACUCAGCCUGUGUAUACCGUCAGUGUUCCAGAGAACGUGUCCCAGGGGACAGUGCUGCUCACAGUAAACGCCACUGAUGCAGAUGAAGAAAGCAACUCCCAGAUAAGAUAUUUUCUAGUGAAAAUUCCUGGGAAAAUCUCACAAAUAUUCCAACUGAAUUCUGUGACUGGAGAAUUAUUAACCUUACAAAAUCUAGAUUAUGAAGAUGCAGAAUUCUAUAAGAUAGAAGUAGAGGCUCAAGAUGGUCUUGGUUUUUGGGGCAGAGCUAAAAUUCAUGUCACAGUUCUAGACGUGAAUGACAAUGCCCCAGAAGUGACUAUCACAUCUGUCAGCAACACAAUCCCUGAAAAUGCUCUCCCUGGGACUGUAAUUGCUCUGUUCCAUGUGCACGAUAGAGACUCUGGUGAAAAUGGUCUAGUCUUGUGUUCCAUCCCAGAUAAACUGCCUUUUAAAUUAGAAAAGAAGGUGGACAACUACUAUUCACUGGUGACUGACAGGACUCUGGACAGGGAGCAGGUGUCUGAGUACAACAUCACAGUGAGAGCAGUAGACUUUGGGAGCCCAGCUCUGUCUACAGACACUCAUAUCCUUUUGCAUGUGGCAGACAUCAAUGACAACCCACCCACUUUCAGUCAGGCUGUGUACUCUGCCUACAUCCAGGAGAACAACCCCAGAGGAGCUUCCAUCUACUCCUUGAGUGCCCAUGAUCCAGACAGUGAGCAGAAUGCCUUAGUCACCUACUCCAUCAUGGACAGCACCCUGCCCUCAGAGGCACCACCACUUUCAUCCAUUGUGUCCAUCAACUCAGAGACUGGUGUCCUCUAUGCUCUGUGCUCCUUCGACUAUGAACAGUUCCAGGAAUUUCAGCUGAGAGUGACAGCCAGAGAUUCUGGGGACCCUCCUCUCAGCACCAAUGUGUCCCUGACUCUGUUCAUCCUGGAUCAGAAUGACAAUGCCCCAGAAAUCCUGUACCCAGCCUUCCCCACGGAUGGCUCCAGUGGAGUGGAGCUGGCCCCACGCUCGGCAGAGCCAGGCUACCUGGUGACCAAGGUGGUGGCAGUGGAUGCAGACUCUGGCCAGAAUGCCUGGCUGUCCUACCGCCUGCUCAAGGCCACAGAGCCUGGACUCUUCUCCGUGGGUCUGCACUCAGGGGAGAUCAGGACUGUCCGGACAUUCCUGGACAAAGGCCUCAAGCAGAAUCUCAUAGUGGUAGUGACAGAUAAUGGGGAACCCCCUCUCUCUGCCACCAUCAGCGUCACUGUGGCAGUGGCUGACAGCAUCCCCGAGAUCCUCUCAGAUCUCAGCAGCCAGACUUCCUCUGAUCCCCAGGACGACUCUCUCCUCACAUUUUACCUGGUCAUAGCAGUGGCUGUGGUUUCCUGCUUGUUCUUUGCCUUCAUCGUCCUUCUGCUGGCUCUCAGACUGAGAAGGUGGUGGAUGCUGCAAGUUGCCCAGUCUGCAGGUGACCAUGUGGGGGGAAUCCCCUCCUCUCAGUUUUUGGGAAUAGAUGGAGUGAGAGCUUUCCUUCAGACCUAUUCCCAUGAGGUUUCUUUCACCACAGAUUCUCGGAAGAGUCAGUUGAUCUUUCCUCAGCCCAACUAUGCAGACACCUUGAUAAAUCAGCAGAGCUGUGAGCAAAAGGAGUCUCCAUUACCUACUCAGUCUUUACUUCAAGGUAAAGAUGGACAAACACUUUUCCAGUGAAGGAAAGACCAGAUGGCAGUAAAUACCCACAAUUGCUUUUGGAAAAAUCCCUGGAUCGAGAAAUUCAGAGUUCUCACCAUUU